AACCCUAAAUCUUUUCUGGCUCUCUACUCCUUGCCGAAGCGGUCCUUGGGCGGUCCUGCCGCCCGAUCUGCUCAAGCCGCGCCGCAGUCCUCCAACGUUCAGAACCACCGCGCGAUGGACGGCGAUGGGCGGAUUGUUCACCAGGUCAUCAGUGCAUGGCGGGUGGAGGAUGACGGGCAGCACCGCCUCACAGAGAACGGCAGACCGAUUGUCCCCCAGCCCCAGGUCAUCAGCGCAUGGCGCGUGGAGGAUGGCAGGCAGAGCCGCCUCACGGAGAACGGCGGACCGAUUGCCCCCCAGGUCAUCAGCGCAUGGCGCGUGGAGGAUGGCGGGCAGAACUGCCUCACGGAGAACGCAGGACCGAUUGUCCACCAGGUCAUCAACGCAUGGCGUGUGGAAGAUGACUCUCAGAAAGGAGAGACGCUCAACAACUCGAAGUACAACUAGGCGAUUUUUCUUCUCCUAAAAUAAGGUUUAGUUGGUUGUUGCCGAAUAAAUAGAACUUCUCUGUUUAGGGCGAACACAAGGGUUAUUAUCUUCUUCAGUA